CACACUGUCACUCUCCCUCUGUGGUGUUAUUGUGAGUCAGCCGGUGUUGGCUGGGUUUGUUGUUUGUGGUUCAGUUGUGGGGCAGUGGUAGUGGUCUGAGAGCUCCAUGGCCUGUCGACCCCCCGGCUCUGCCUCCUACACCGUGGUUAUCAUUCCGCUCAGGAGCAGCCUCUACAGCCUGGACGCUCUGCGCUUCUACCUAUGGGUUAAGCGUCUGAAGGACUUGGAGCAGGAGAAGGACGCUCUGUGCUCGGGCAUGGAGGUUCUGGAGAAGGCCCGCCUCUGGUACCUCCAGCAGCUGGAUGAGAACCGAGCCAGGCAGGGCAGCUUCCAGACCCAGCAGAGUGGGGUCAACCCCCGGCAGGACGGAGCAGCAGAGGCCUGGUCUUGCCUCCUCAGGUCUCGGAUCCAGCGGGUGAACGGCUCUCUGGGCUCUGUGAUGACUGAGCCCGUGACCAGCGGCAGCAGUGCCUCUCUGCCCGACGCAGUGUCCGACAGCAACCUCCGGUGGCAGAACACAGCACUGGUUCAGGAGGUGAGCGACAAGAACCGUAAGAUCUCACUUUUGGAAUUCGAAAAAGACACCAUCCUUGAGCAGCUUGAUGAACUGCAGGCACGUUAAUCACAUCAUUUCACUUCAUGUCACACAUUUGCUAACUUAUACCCACUUGUAAAUAUGUAUUUAAUUUAAUAAAUUACACUUACGGAUGCAUCA